AUGGGCGGUGGCAGCGACGGGGGCAGAGAUAUCCCGUCACAAAUCCCUAAGGGCUUCGUCCCUGCGGCCAACUGCAGGGCGCCGACUAGCCCCAGCGGUGGACUGAAGUACCAGUUGUUCAAGGGAGUAGUCGCUGUCGCAGAAACCAACUGUAACGAUCCCGCGUAUACCUGGAGAAGUCAAGGCCACAUGUACGCCCUUGACGUAGGUGUCUGCCAGGAGAAGGAACUUCCCUUCGGUGGCUUCCUAGGCAUGCAGCUUCAAUACAUACCCAACCCAUAUGCUCCGAAAUCCCAGAGUGACACGCCCGCAGACAAGAAGACUGCGUCUCUUCAGUCGACGACGACCGCCACGCCGACUGUCGCACCUACCACAUCACCCAUUCCUUCGUUGUGUUUGAAAACCUACACAGUCAAGCAAGGAGAUUCGGGCUGGGCGAUUGCUCAAGCCCAUGACAUUACUCUGACUUCGGUGUUGAUUCUCAAUCCUGGCGUCGCUUGGGACAAGCUCCAGAUUGGUUCUGUCAUUAAGCUUCCUUCUGUAGCGAAAGGUUCUGAUCUGGCAGGUUGUGCUUAG